CCGCUGUGUGGCCGAACCGCGCCACCCACCCGCCCCGCCACGGUGUCGAUUGGCCAUCAGUUCCCUAUAUAUAAGUCCAUGGGCGGAUGCUUAUGAUCGUAUACCGCCACCUAAUUAACAAGCCCCUGAUCCCAGAGAGACCAAGAGAAUAAGAGAUGGCCUCCUUCUCCAAGCAGGCGGCACUCUUCUUGCUGGCAGCGCUGCUGCUGUGCCUCCUCUGCACUAGAGGGCAAGCAGCAAGGCCUACACCAGGAUCCAGCCUCCAAAAAUCACAGGGUGCUGGCUCCGCCACCUCCCAUGAGAAGAGUGCUGCAGGAACCGGGAUGGAAAUGGAGCAGGUAGAUCUGGAGGCGAUGAGAGGAUGCGAGGGAGGGGAAGGAGCGGAGGAGUGCCUGAUGAGGAGGACCCUCGUCGCUCACACCGACUACAUCUACACCCAGGGGAAGCACAACUAGAUGGUGCGCUGAAAGCCUGAAACCGCUGGUGCUUACGAAGGACUCCGUGAACUGAAGGCCAUAUCUGGAUGAUCGCAUGGUUAAGCAGGCCCUACUUAAGAAAGGCAUUUUUCAUGAGCUCGUCGGUCUGUUCCGCAGUCGCAUGCAUCGUCUGUAAAUUACAGCUAUAGUCGCCGCCUCCUUGUAUUUUCCCUGUUCCCUUGUUUUCAGGUCAUGUAUCUGUUCUGGACUCGAAAUUUUAUCAUCAUGUAUGUACUUAUUGAAUAUAUUAUCUCUUUAUCUAUA